AUGGCGUCGUCCAUGCUACUGCUGGUCGUUGCACCCUGGCCAGCAGCCCGGGGACUGUUUCGAAACUGUUGGGAGCGGUUGCAGCGGACACUUCUGAAGAGCCGACCAGGCUUUCUCGGCCCUCCUUGGGGACCAGCAUUAGCAGUCCAGGGCCCAGCUGUAUUUGCAGAACCAGCAGACGAUAACAGUGGAAGUCAGGAAAUUUCCAGCCUUUUGGAUAGUAUCUUUUGGAUGGCAGCUCCCAAAAACAGGCGCAGUAUUGAAGUUAACCGGUGCAGGAGAAGAAACACUCACAAGCUUAUUAAAAUCAAGCAUAAUAUAGAUGUUUGUCCUGAGUGUGGUCACCUGAAACAAAAACACAUCCUUUGUGGCUACUGCUAUGAGAAGGUGCGCAUGGAGACUGCAGAGAUCAGAAGACAGAUCGGGAAAGCAGAAGGAGGUCCUUUGAAGGCUCCUACCUUAGAGACUGUGGUUCUGUACGCAGGUGAGACACCAGCAGAGCAAGAGCAGGGCAAGAGGAUCAUUGAACGAGACAGGAAGAGACCGUCGUGGUUCACCCAGAAUUGA